GAGACGGCGCAUCCUGGGAAGGCCGGGCGCUUUGGUUUGCUCGUCCAGGCAGGCGGGAAGCAGCAAACAUGGCGCCCAAAAAGAAGGGGAAGAAAGGCAAAGGCAAAGGCACUCCGAUUGUUGAUGGGCUGGCUCCGGAGGACAUGAGCAAGGAGCAGGUGGAGGAGCACAUUGGCCACAUCCGGGAGGAGCUGGACCGCGAGCGAGAGGAGCGCAACUACUUCCAGCUGGAGCGCGACAAGAUCCACACUUUCUGGGAGAUCACGCGGCGGCAGCUAGAGGAGAAGAAGGCCGAGCUGCGGAACAAAGACCGGGAGAUGGAGGAGGCCGAGGAGAGGCACCAGGUGGAGAUCAAGGUGUAUAAGCAGAAGGUGAAGCACCUGCUCUACGAGCAUCAGAGCAGCCUGACGGAGAUGAAGGCGGAGGGCACCGUGGUCAUGAAGCUGGCGCAGAAGGAGCAUCGUGCACAGGAGGGGACGCUGCGCCGGGACAUGCGGGCGCUGAAGGUGGAGCUGAAGGAGCAGGAGCUGGCCAACGAGGUGAUGGUGAAGAACCUGCGGCUGAAACACACCGAGGAGAUCACCAAGAUGCGCAACGACUUUGAGAGGCAGGUGCGAGAAAUCGAGGCCAAGUAUGACAAGAAGAUGAAGAUGCUUCGGGACGAGCUCGACCUGCGCAGGAAGACGGAGAUCCACGAGGUGGAGGAGAGGAAGAAUGGCCAGAUCACCACGCUGAUGCAGCGGCACGAGGAGGCCUUCACCGACAUCAAGAACUACUACAACGACAUCACCCUCAACAACCUGGCUCUCAUCAACUCCCUCAAGGAGCAGAUGGAGGACAUGCGGAAGAAGGAAGAGCACCUGGAGAAGGAGAUGACGGAGGUGGCCAUGCAGAACCGGCGCUUGGCGGACCCCCUGCAGAAGGCUCGGGAGGAGAUGAGUGACAUGCAGAAGAAGCUCGGGGGCUAUGAGAGGGACAAGCAGAUCCUGGUGUGCACAAAAGCCCGUCUGAAAGUCACUGAGAAGGAGCUGAAGAGCCUGAGGUGGGAGCAUGAGGUGCUGGAGCAGCGAUUCAUCAAGGUGCAGCAGGAGCGGGACGACCUGUACCGGAAGUUCACCACGGCCAUCCUGGAGGUGCAGCAGAAGGCGGGCUUCAGGAACCUCGUCCUGGAGCGCAAGGUGCAGGCGCUGGUUGCCGCCGUGGAGAAGAAGGAGGUGCAGUUGAAUGAGGUGCUAGCGGCCUCCAACCUGGACCCCGCGGCCCUGACCCUCGUGUCCCGCAAGCUGGAGGAUGUUCUGGAAUCGAAGAACAGCGCCAUCAAGGACCUGCAGUACGAGCUGGCCCGGGUCUGCAAGGCCCACAAUGACUUGCUGCGCACGUAUGAGGCGAAGCUCCUGGCCUUCGGAGUCCCCCUGGACAACGUGGGUUUCAAGCCCCUGGAGACUGCUGUGAUCGGGCAGACGCUGGGACAGGGCCCCGCAGGACUUGUGGGCACCCCAACGUAGCCCCAGCCCGGGUGAGGUCCCCCCACAGCAAGGACAGCAGGUUCUUUUCCCCGUAUACAGAAGACCCUAAAAAGUACUGAGAAGCAAGAGUCGGAGAAUAAAAUAAAAAUGCAACAAAAUGUGGUGGAGGUGUUGGAAACAAAUGGAAAAUCCAAGAAAUGUAAUCCUGUAGAAGCAGGGCUCUACAAUAUUUUUACAUAUUUAUUUAUUUAUUUGUCUUUGUCAGGCCUUAGUUGUGACACUUGGGAUCGUCACUGCAUCCCGCAAAGUCUUUGACUGAGAUGCGUGGACUCUCUAGUUGCGGCUCGCGGACUAGUUGCUCUGAGGCCUGUGGGAUCUUAGUUCCCAGACCAGGCAACCAACCUGACCCCUGCAUUACAAGAUGGAGUCUUAAACCCUGGAUGCUCAGGGAAGUCCUGAAGGCUCUGCAGAUUUAAAGCACAGAAAUUGGACUUCAGGAUUCUUGAUGGUGGGUCCAUUUUGUCUAAGAAACUGCCAGAGAAGCCACCCACCAUCCCUAUUGGCUUUGAUUUUGAAACAGAGAAAAGAAUCAAACAAUGAGAAGCAAAGAAGGCAUAGGAGGAUAAACAUUUUAAAUUUCACGCGGAGCCUUGCCUUUCUUGUAGCUUGUUAGAUGUUGUGGGUGUUCCUGAAAAGAAAGAAAUUCCACUCAUUGACCCUAGGUCACCUGCCUUUGUUCGGAAAAAGAGAACCCCAAAACCUACCCAAGAAGAUGAAGACGAGGAACAGCCAGUAGUGAUAAGAGGUUAACAAUUGCCCAACUAUGGAGUACCUUUUUUCUCUUUUGAUUCAAAAAAUUCACUUACAGAAGGAGAAGAAAAUAAAACAACUGCAGAAAGGGGAGGUGCCCAACUUCUAGGCACUUCCUUUGCUUCAUUUUAACACCAUUAACCUGCAGGAGAAGAUGAAGAACACAACUCAGGCUGAGCCUCUUGCUUGGAGCCUGGCAGAAGAGGUGCUUGAAGGCACAGACUUGGGUUCUCUCCAUGCCCCGGUGACAAGGAAGGCUCCUCCUGCUGUGAUGGAAAGAGCAGCUCUGGUCCCCGGAUGGUGUCUGCAGCGAAGUCUAGCGGUGGAGUCGAGUGGAGAACUUGGGUGGUACCCACAUAGUCAGGGGCUGCUCACCUACAGUAAUUUGUGUGGCUUCCAUCCUCCUCCUCUGUUUUAGAAAUAUCAGAAUAUAUAGUAAUUUAUUCACUUAAAGUAUAAUUUUUACUGCUUUUAGCCUUUUUAUAGUUAAAUCUAAAAGAUACUUGAUUUCAUUUAUAGUUUAUGUCUGAUUCUUUUCUCUUCUGUGUGGAAAAUGAACUUGAAGUUAAGGGGCCCUUUGCUAUGAGUGGGGAGCCUCGUUAACCGCAUGAUGAGUAAGAGACUUGACUGAUGUGUCCCUCACUGAGGCUGUCUGCGGGUUUCGGGCGGACCUGCUCUUCAGGCACCUUCUUCCCUUGUUGGUCCUAACGAUGAGGGAACGCCGAGCAGGACAUUUUUUUUUUUUUUUACUCUCCCAAUUUCAAUUUUAAUGUACUUGAAGGUACAGAAAAUUUUUUAUAAGAUUUCUUUUACCUAAAACAAAUUCCUUGAUUAUUAUAUACUACAUAUCUUAUCAAGAAGAACCCAGCAUCUAAUAUAGUGUUAAACUUACAGUAGAGAUGCUAACCUUUUAUUGAAAUGAAGGAGGUGCUCUGAACUACUACUUAGCCUGAAAGCUCAAUUCACAGGCAGCAGAACUUGAGGCCAACAGUGUAGGAUACUAUUGUUAUUUAGUCACUAAGAUGUACUUACUCUUUUGCAACACCAUGGGCUGUAGCCCUUCAGGUUCCUCUGUCCAUAGGGCUUCCCAGGCAAGAAUACUGGAAUGGGUUGUCAUUUCCUUCUUCAGGGGAUCUUCCCAACCCUGGGAAGGAAUCUAUGUCUGCAGGACAUAUUUUAAGUCCUCCUGUGACCUAGGCUGGAAUCAAUAUGUUUGUCUUACUAAAAAUUAAAAAAAAGGACAGUUCCAUACUCCUCUCCACAGUGAUUCUUAGCCUUUACCUCUCAUCAGCACCAUAGAUAUUCUCUUUCCUCCAUAUCUUGUCCACCAUUUACCUUUGUAGACUGAGGAUGGCCUUUCAAACAGGUGCAGAGUGUUCCCUUGCUGUGGUUUUGAUUUGCAUGUCUCUUAACAAUUCCUGAUGUGCAUCUCAUUUUCAUGGAUUUUGAUUUUAACUAGUGUGUGUGGAAUUGACUGUGGAAACUUUCUUCUUCACAGUCUGCCCAGUUUUUAUUUCUUUUCAAUUAGUUAUCCAUGGACAUUUUUAACAUGCCGGUAUCACUUAGAGCCCAGCAGUCCUUGUGAAUAUGAAGUGUUCAUAAGUGUGGCAGUGAAGUAAAUAGUUUUCUUUUUCUCUUUUGCCUUUUGAGCCCUUCUCUACUGUAACUUUUCCUGAUCUACAGUCUGCAUUGAUAACUAAAUUUCCUUCUUUACAGAGACUAAUCUGUUAUGUAAGCUAUAUCCUCCACUUCUAUGUGUGUGUGUGUUAGUUGCUCAGUUGUGUCUGACUCUGCGAUCCCAUGGACUGUAGCUCACCAGGCUCCUCUGUCCAUGAAAUUCUCCAGGUAAGACUACUGGAGGAGGUUGCCAUACCCUUCUCCAGGGCUAUCCCACACCUAUUGCCCUCUAACUCUUCAUGAGCCAUACUUUGCAUCUAUUAUCUUUUAAUUUUAUGCUAGUCACAUCCUUAAGUUAAGUGAUGCUUAACUUGUCAUUUGUUUGUCCCUCUUUUUGCAUUAUGGAAAGAAAGGCACAGUGCAAUCCACAAAAGGCAAUGGACCCAACUCCUGGGACUGCCUGCCAGACCCAAGUUACUGGGCUCGUUGACACCAGCCUGUUGACUGACAGACAGAAUACAGGAUCCUUACAUGUUUGCUCUUUAUCUCCAGCCUGUGACUAUGAGCCCUAACUGUGUGAUCCCCUUGAUUCCCUAUUGGAGACACAGUUCUUGAGCAUAAGCCUACUGUGUUCUCUCC